AUGUCCCAGUGGCAGUCUGAAAGUGCAUCUGCUGGUCUCUUUGGCACUAAUGACAACGAGGCAGGGAAUGAAUUUCAACUACCUAACUGUUCACAGGCCCACAGUGUACAGGAAUUUAUCCGGAGUUGGCAAGUAAACCAGGUUGGAGGUCAUUGCCGUAUUGCCAGUAAGAAUCUAAAACCGUGUGUACCCGGUACAGAUCAGCGCAUCUGUCAAACUCUAUUCCGCUACACUUAUUCUCCACUCAGGAACUGCUUCAGAGUUGUGGACCCCACACCAUUUUAUGCCAUGUGUGUGACAGACAUGUGUGAAUCGACAGACAUUAAACCAGCAUGCAGUGUGGCAGCAGCUUUUGUGCACUUGUGCAACAGAGAUUUUGUCCCUCUGGAAAUUCCUUCACAAUGCCCAUGUCUGAAAAAUGUUUUGUCUUUCACAGCUUGUUUUCGCACACUACCGAACUCGGCUGCCCAUGACAAAUGUGUUUAUCAUCUAGGCCUGUCACACCUGAACACAGCCUGCUCUGUCUUGGAAGCCUUUGACAAGAGAGCCAUCACAGAAAGGAGGAACACAAGAGAGCCAUCACGGAAAGGAGGAACGCAAGAGAGCCAUCACAGAAAGGAGGAACACAAGAGAGCCAUCACAAAAAGGAGGAACACAAGAUAG